GACAAAGGGCAGCGGGAGGAAAGCUGAGUGUUAGUUUCCUCAGCUACAGCUCUGAAAAUGUCUGUCCCAUUUGGUAACUAUUUACUUUGCCUUUGACCUUGUUGCUUAGAUACGCAGAGCCCCUGUGUGGAGAUUAAAGUUUCCUUUUGGCUGGUGGUCAAUAACAAUAUCUUUGAUCUGUCCAUUUACAUUGAAUACUAUUGUUCACAUUGAGUGUCUGUGUAUGAACUUUCUAUAGCGUUUUUGGACAUUGACUAGAGACUUUCCAUGUGGAUGUAGGACAUAUAACACAGACUCAGAAUGUCUUGAGAGCACUACAGUAUGAGAGCACUAUUGAAUAGGGAGUGUGUCGGAGACAUGACUGGAAUUCAAACACUUGUUUUUGCAACAAGAACACACUGUUUGUUCUUAUGGGGAGUCCAGUCCUCCCCUGUAUAUAACUUUGUCUCUCCUCUCCCUUCACCUCCCCUUUCUCUGACAACUAGCUAGAACAGCCUCUGACCCUAACUCAAGUCUAGAACUCUGCUUAGAAAUAGCAGCAGCUGGUAUUUUGUAAAUACUCCUCUUGUUCUGAUCCCCGGGUAUGACUUAUCCUCACCGUAUCUAUUAAACACAGACAAAACCUGGGCUGAUGGAUGAUGUAGGGCUAAUAAAUCAUCUAAAAGGCUUGAGCUUUAGCUAAAUAAUUCCAUUGUACUAGUCCAGACGGCUACUGUGACUAGACCGAGGGACCCAUUCAGACGUGUAGCAGAUACACCUUUUGAUUGGAUGGAGCUCUUGAGUGUCUUCCCACCUGCACUUGCCCACCUGUGGGUUGCUAUAAAGCCUGUAUAGUGUAUAAGAUAGUGAGGCAUUUCUGUGUUCUCAACAUCUCUAUUCUAACUAAAUAUCAGUCUAAGUCAACAGAGAUGUUAUUUGUGGAUGGAGCCAUCCCACCGCCCACUACCUCCCCCUCAUCUGAUGACUUAUUAUAUCAUCACCACUUCACCACUCAGUUCUGCAUCCACUCUACAAGAGCACACAUCACAUGACCAAGAUAUUCAGUACUUUCCACGAGUCUCAUAAAUAGACAGGAAAGUGCAGAGAGAAGCUGGAAAUAACAGUUAAUUCUAGAAUGCACAUAGAUUCCGCACUACUGUGCUAAUUUCAACACUAUGAAAAAUGAUAAUAAAAAUAUGAAUAUAAAUAUUCUGCAAUUAAAUCGAUGCAAUCAAUUGAGCGACUGUUCCCCUGAAAUAAAUAAUAUACACAACAAAAUUAAAAGACAAAUGACUUAUUAUGUCAAUUUGAUGAAACUGUUCAUUUUGUUUGAAAUGGAAGAACACAAACACUGCAUCACAUUGUCUAAUGCUAGUCAGUGGGUGUCAAACUGUGAGCUGGUGACCUCAGAUGCUUAGACAUAUAGCCUUUCAGAAAAAAAUGAAUAUUCCUAUUUAAAUCUCUAACUUGUCAUAUUUCAUAAAUCUUUUUAGUUUGGGCUAAAUUAUAUGCCUAUUACUGGUGUAGUUCUCUGAAUUGUUUCAUUUCUUUCUGAACAGACAACAGUAAUUCUAUAAUUUUGGCAAAUGUAUUUCAAUGUAUCAGCGGUGAAAGAAAUGAUGAAUAGCAACACUGGAGAGAUGACAGUUGCAGGCUCAUGCCUGUCAGAGCAGAGGGAGAGAGAUCACAGAAAGGGAAUGUUCUAUGAGAGAUACAGGCGCAAUUAUGUUUUUUACCACAACAAUGGCCACGCGUUGGUCUAUAGGCGAUACAAUGUUGCGCAAACCAUAAACUCUGUCCGGCCCUUUUUUUAGAUGCAGGAUAAAUACACAGCAGGCAACUUGAAUGAACUCUGAUUGCUUUUACUAUCAUUUUUACAUCGCAAACAAUGGAAAGUAUGUAUGAUAAAAGAGAGCUACCGCAUCCUUGCAAAUGGGUUCCAGAAUGAAACAGUCCAAAACGAGGUUCCGGGUCCUGUUCCAUGGAAAUUCCCUAAAGUUACAUUGAUCGGUUUCUUGAGCUUGAUGGUUGAAAUCGUUCAAAGGGGUCUUCCAGUAAAGAGCACGUGACUUCUCACGAUUUUUCGGUCCUGUUCUUGUAAUUCAAUACAGAGCCAAAAUAUAAUGUGAGACAACUGACCGCUGCGCCUGUUGAAGAGUUGGGCUGUGUGCAUGUGGGGACUGGACAUUUGGACAUCAGACACUGACCACAAGGAAUACCUACAUUUUUCUACGUCUUUCUGGGAAUGAAACAUUAGUUUAAUAUAAAAUGUGUGAAAUAAUAUUUAGUCGGAUUUUUCUUGGGUUUCCGUUACUUCUCUGGAUGGCAGGUGGGCCUACACAUGCCGCCUGUCCUAUUGAGCUCAACCCUCUCACAUUGGUGGUGAGAUAUGGAGACUCAGUCUCAGUCAACUGCAGCACAUCAUCCACAGACUAUGAGGGGAUGGGCUGGGAGGCCACAUUAGGAGGUACAGCUUUAGAAGAGGUCAACUAUGUCAUCUGGAAUGUGGAGAAUUUGACAGACUGGACAAUACAACCUGUAUGCUACCUCACACAAAAAGAUGGAGAGCAGUGUGUGGAAAAGUUCCCUGUCAUUCUAUACAAGACUCCAGGCAGCGUCUCCGUCUCUCCUCAGAGACACUCUGGUCCCAUGGUGGAGGGGACACAGUACCAGCUGCAGUGUGACAUCCAGAACGUCGCUCCUUUACGGAGCCUGGUUGUGAGGUGGUACAAAGGGAAUGAAACUGUAAAAACUGAAACAUUUCACAACUCCACGAGGAUCCCAGUGGAUGUGUUCUCCACGCUUAACAUCACCCCCAGGAGAUUUGAGGAUGAAGUAAAGUACAGAUGUGAGGCAGAGCUGGACCUGGGACCGAAGGGACCACUAGCUUCUGUCCUCUCAUCACAGACUCUUCAUUUUGCUGUUUACUUCCCACCACAGAACAUUCUGGAGCUGAGGGACACAGAAGUUGAUGUUGGUUCCCCUACUGGGCUGAAUUGCUCCUCAGAUGGGAACCCCCGGCCAGAGUACUCGUGGACUUAUCACCGGGCUCCCAACGUGAAAUUGAAGAACAAUGAUGGGGGGUCCCUACUGACCAUCGAGCAGGCCACAGGGGAGAACAUAGGGACUUACACAUGCCACGCCAGUAAUACCCUGGGAAAGGUAUUUCAAAUAGCCAGGGUCUCUGUCAGAGGAGCGGAGCCGGUAUGUCCUAUCAAACUGAUCCCUGAGAGUGUGGUGGUGAAAUAUGGAUCUCCAAUCUCAGUGUCGUGCAGAAACACAACCAGUGUUGAAGAGAUCUACUGGACCACAGGUCCAGAAGUUGUCAAUGACACUACCUGGAGUGUUUUGGAACUCCUAGACUGGGACAUAAGGCCUGGUUGUAAGGCAACCUUUCAGGGGAUUGGAAGAUGCAGUAAGCCUCUGCACAUCACAGUAUACAAGACUCCAGACAACGUCUCCAUCUCUGUUCUGAGACACUCUGGUCCCAUGGUGGAGGGGACACAGUACCAGCUGCAGUGUGACAUCCAGAACAUCGCUCCUCUACAGAACCUGGUUGUGAAGUGGUACAAAGGGAAUGAACCCUUAGAUAAUGUAACUUACAGUACUGUCAGUAAGACACCAGUGGAUGUGUCAGAUACUCUGAUGAUCAGCCCCAGUAGAGAUGAUGAUGGAGCUCAGUAUAGAUGUAGAGCAGAACUGGACCUGGGACCAGAGGGACCACAGCAUACAGUGACAUCAGAACCUCUCAGCAUUACUGUACACUAUAAGCCAUGCAUCAAUACAUCUCGACUGCCAGUGAGGAUACCUGUGUUCAGGGGCUAUCCUGAGGAGUUAGUGUGUGAGGCUGAGGGUUACCCACAGCCCAGGAUAAAGUGGGUCUAUGACCCAGCGAAGCAUGUCAGUGAGGCGGGAGGCAACCUGACUGUCUUUGAGGCAGGGCUCUACAACUGCACCGCCACCAACAUUGUGGAGACGAGCUUCAUUGUGGUAGAGGUGGUUUUAAAUGAGGACUACCUGCCCCUCAUAGCGGGCUUCGUGGCCUUCAUGGUCGUGGUCAUCUCGGUCAUUUUCGUCUUCAUCUACUCCAUCUACUACAAGAACACCAAGAUGGGCCGCUACAGCCUGAAGAAGGCCAAGCUCAGCAGCACGCCCAACGGCAACGUGGCGCAGAACGGCGGCCGGGACACUCCGCUCCCGAUGACUAAACUGUCUCAGCCAAACAUCAACUUUAGUGCCCGGUCUGCUGCCUUGAUACCCAGAGGAACCAAUCCGGCACUGACCGGCAGUGUGACCUCUGUGGCCACAGAUGGUGCACGAGCUGCCCCCCCCCCCCCGGUCUCCCUGCGCACCGCCCCUCCCAGCUUCAUGGGUAUCGGAGAGGGGGUGCGGGGGGAUGGAACCAACAGGCCCCGAUCUGAACGUCCGCGGGCAGCCAGCAGGUUAUCCAGACGGAUGGACAGGUCCACCAGCUGGUCGAAUGUGAGGGUGGUGUCUCUGCAGGCCAACUCCCGACGGACGUCCUCGCAUGGAAUAGGCGUUCACCAACGCCAACGGCGGGUGAACCAACGCCACAGCUCCCUCUCUCCAUACGGCUUUGGCCCACUCCAGGGCUUUCCCGGUGAAGCACGAGACGAGGGCGGACACCCUCUCAUGGCCCGAAGGAGCCGGGUGGAUGGUUGCCAGGUACAAGUCCAGCUGCAAGAGGAACCCCUGGCAGUUCGCAGCCGUCCCAUUGUAUUCCUGGGGAAGGGAGAGACGAAUCCCACUGGGACCAGGAGAAAGAGAGGCGUGUAUUGGAGAUCCCGGCUGUGCUGGUGGAGGCGCUGGGAGAACUCCAUGUCUCUCCCAGCGGUCCAUUGUCUGGGCAACGUGGUCCAUCGCGGUGCCAAGAUGGUGGAGCAUUGCUGCGUGCUCCUAGACGCGCUCCUCCACCCCUAUACCCAGGGUGGGCCAACACAUGCCUCCUCUCUUGUGCUCAACCCUCCCAGAGUGGUGGUGAGAUAUGGAGAUUCAGUCUCAGUCAACUGCAGCACAUCAUCCACAGACCAUGAGGGGAUGGGCUGGGAGGACACAUUCGGACAGACUCCAGACAGCGUCUCCAUCUCUGUUCUGAGACACUCUGGUCCCAUGGUGGAGGGGACACAGUACCAGCUGCAGUGUGACAUCCAGAACAUCGCUCCUCUACAGAACCUGGUUGUGAAGUGGUACAAAGGGAAUGAACCCUUAGAUAAUGUAACUUACAGUACUGUCAGUAAGACACCAGCGGAUGUGUCAGAUACUCUGAUGAUCAGCCCCAGUAGAGAUGAUGAUGGAGCUCAGUAUAGAUGUAGAGCAGAACUGGACCUGGGACCAGAGGGGCCACAACCCCAUCCUACAGUGACAUCAGAACCUCUCAGCAUUACUGUGCACUCUCUUUUCACACCCGCCUCCAAGCUCCCAGGAACCUACACCUGCACUGCCUCCAGUCAGAUAGGCAAGAUCAGCAAGACUUUCACUGUGAAUUCCAAACCUAUAGGGAGGGCUUUUGUUAGUAAUCACAGUUCACUUUGGAGUUGCCAAGCAGGACCAAGUCGGAAUUCCACUCGCCUUUCAACUCCGACCAUAGUGGACUUCAGCAAAGUCUGCAAAAAGAUGGAAAACUACUUUCUAAAAUGGAUCCUAAACUUUUGCAUGUUCUGCACCGUGUCAGGUGAAGGAUGCUCUCUGGAGCUGAAACCCUCCAGGGUGGUGGUGGGGUUUGGGGAGCCUGUUUCCGUCAGCUGUGAGGCCUCUCGCCCGGUGCGUGUCUUAGGCUGGGAGUCAGCCAUAGGGGCAGCACACACCCAACAAGACCAUGCUGUCCAAUGGAAGGUGGACAGUCUGAUCGACUGGAUCGAGGAGCCUAUCUGCUACGGAGUCUUCUUCACUGCACCCAGACAGUGUGAGGAGAAACUCAACCUCAUUCUUUACAAGACUCCAGACAGUGUCACUAUCAGCUCAGCGAACCACACUGGCCCCAUGUUGGAGGGGAAAGAGUACCAGCUGCUCUGUGAUGUCCAGAACAUUGCCCCUGUUCAAUACCUCACCCUGAGGUGGUACAGAGGGCAGACUGAAGUUUACAACCACUCUUUCUCUGAUCUGACCCCAGCCUCCCCUGUCCAAGUAUCCUCCAUCCUCCUGAUCACCCCAACCAAAGCUGAUAACGGAGCCCAGUACAAGUGCGUGGCUCAGCUGGACUUGGGACCAGAGGGACCACAACCACCUCCUUCAGUGACAUCAGAGCCUCUCAACGUCUCUGUGCACUACCCCCCAUCCUUCCUCAGUCCUGAGGCUGAGACCCUGGACAUUGGUAUGGGGGAUGAAAUCACAUUAAACUGCACGGCUACAGGAAGCCCCAGUCCUGUGUACAGCUGGCAGUCUUCAGAUCCCAAAGAGAAGAUGGAGGACCUACCUCUUUUUACCUCUUCCUCCUUGCUUCCAGGGACCUACACCUGCAUUUCCUCUAAUAAGAUUGGCAAGAAGAGUAAGCAAUUCAUCAUCAAGACUAAGUCUUAAGGUGUGAGAAUGUCAUCAUUGUCAGCCAGACCAUCGCACAGAAAAAAAGGAAUCGCCUUACAUUUUUAAAGACUUUGGUCAUGUAAUAGUUUAUAGUAGCAUAUUGUGUUAUGAUUGAUUAUUGUUGUUGUUAUUGCAACAUAACGUAUACUUUGAUGUGUUUAAAUAUAUAUGUAGGGUAUACAUUUCACCUUCAGUGUGGAGAACCCUAGAACGAGAGGUAGUGUGAAUAAUUAUAUCCAUUAAUAAGCUAUCCAUUAACUUUAUUUUGGAAAUCUACGUUGUUUAUGUUCUCUUUUUUACAUGCAUAAAAACACUAAUAAAAUGACAAAUGUAUAUUUA